AUGUAACUGACCCAACGCUGGCGAGCUUCCGGUUACGACGGCUUGCGCCUUCAACAGGCAGCCUACAGGGAGGAGUUGAGCACAAAAAGGGCGGCUAACAGAGAGAAAAUUGAUCAGCAAGAAAUCCGUCUGGGGCAGGUUAUUGAUGAUCUACGCCGAGCAGACAACGAAGCCGCGGUGGACCAGCUGUUGGAGGAAGCUCUGGGCAUGCUACAGGGCAUUCAAACCCUACGCGAACAGCAUCACGAGUCGGUCGUGGACUUCCACAAGCAGUACCCAGCACAGGUAGCGAAAACAUUACUGCAGUUCCACAGGGACGUCUGUCAAUUCUUCGGUGUUCACCGCUGCAACCAAGCUGAGGUCCCGAAAAAAUUGCAAAAGGACUUG